AUGACACUCACAUACCCUCAUAGAUUCGCGUUCACCCUCUCAGAAGAUUUCAAAAGACAAACGGUGCUUCGCCCUGCCCCUCUCCUGAGACAAGGUCUUUACGAAGCUGCAUUCUGGAUCGCAAGUAACUGCAUGCCCUCUCCUGAGAAAAGGUCCUUCGAUCACCUUUACGAAAGCUCGGGGUACUAUGCAUCUCUUGCGGCCACAGUAAACAACGACGAGCAAGGGCGUAUACAUACAGGGCUGGGUAGACUCAAUAUGGCCCUAUUUCAAGAGCCAAGGGAUCUGCUCGCUGCGGGGCUGAGACAUCAGUAUAACAAGGCGCAAACCUUUGAAAGCGGGGUCGUAGAUGACACUACAAAGGCUCUAGCCUCUAGUACAAACACUUGGUUUCAAAGUUAUACAUUAUUAGUGUUUGAAAGUCCGGUUCGGUCCGGUUUUUUGAUGCCCAGGGGCGUUAACCGUAACCGUAACCGGUCUGCCUUUUCCCCAGAAGUCAAAAGACCAGACUGGACCGCAAAAAGACCGCAGACCGCGCUUCAAAACGAGCCCAAGAACGUUAAAUUCCGUUAG